AAGAAAUCAUAUGUUGUAAAAUGUUUGUGCACAUAAGAAUAGAGCAUUCCCAGACAGCAAAUAUGGGGACUACACAGUCACAGAACAGUGAGAUAGAAAAUGGAAAUGAAGUAGAAGUAGUAAAGCUUCCAUAUAACUGUAAUACCAUACUAAGAGAAGCCGACUCAUCGUCACCGGCAGAUUUGCAGCAGCUAUAUCAUCAACUUUGUGAUGGAGUUUACUUGAACCACAAGAAAAAGAAAUAUUGGGUCGAAAAGAAGUCGAACACCAACUGCUUUCUCUUGUUUGCUAGAGACCUCUUAAUCACUUGGGACGAUGAUGAUCGUUUCUGGCACUGGUAUUGCCCGAGCAAUGAGAUGAUAGAGGUUUCUGAGUUAUUAAAUAUUUGUUGGCUCGAAAUUCAUGGUAAUUUCGAUACGAGAAACCUGUCUCCUAAUAUUCUAUAUGAAGCUGCAUUCAUGGUCAUGCUUAAGGACCCUGCUUAUGGAUGGGAAGUUCCUGUGAACCUCAGACUCACCCUUCCCAAUGGAACCAAGCAACAACACAAACAAAACUUAGCAGAAAAACCUAGAGGACAAUGGAUAGAAAUUCCUGCCGGUGAGUUCUUCACUUCACCGGAAAAUGUCGGGCCGAUGGAAAUUUCUCUGUACGAAUACGAGGGUGGGAAAUGGAAGAGGGGACUAGUGAUCAAAGGCAUCAUCAUUCGACCUAAAAACUAUGCUUUAAAUAUUGAUCCAUAACUUGUCGGUCAUUCAAGAAGUGUACUACGUAUAAUUCACAUUCAAGCCAGUGGAAAAAAGAGUGAAGGUUUAAAUAAUUUUGAGAUAGACUAUAUGUAGUUAUGGUUUCUGACAUCUCAUCAGAGCUAGAGGUAAUUAGCAACUGCUAAUUCAUGGAUUUAACUCGUUAUUACAUGUAAUUUUAUGGAAAUGGAACUAAAAGAAAGAUUUUUAUGCAAUGUGCACUUGCAAGAACAACAUUCAAUAAUGUUUACUACAAGAACAUAGUGUCUUAGAAACCAAUACCCUCUAUAAUUUCUCACCUUCGUCCUCUCCUGUUCUUCAGCGUAUCCGGUCCUCACUGCCAUUCAUAUCAUCAAGACCUGUAAAUUAGAUUAAGAUUUACAAUCAAAAUUUUAGCAUGAUUUAUGUAACUGUACUGACUACCUAUUUGUAUGCGAAAUAGUUAGUCUUUGGAGCUA